AAAUUGAAAUGUCAUGUCAAUGACACCCGUCAUAAAAACAAAUCAUGAAAAUGAAAUGAAUCAAUUCCUUAUUUUACUUCCUUUGAAUUGGAUUGUUUACAUAUUUUCUUACACCAAUUGAACAUUGUAAAUUAAAUAAUAAGCAUAAGUUUUCUGUCUUGUUUAAUGAAUGUGAAUUGAGUGGUUUUUUAUUUUCUAAAUUGGUUUACUAUAAAAUAAAAAUGAUAGAUACUUUUGUUCAAAUAGAAGAAUGUAUCAAUAAUUGUUUAAUAAGUAAACUUUCUACACCUUAUAAUGAGAAAGAUUUCCACUCUGAGUAUCAAGUAAGGAAUAACAAAUUGGAACAAUAUUUCCCUAAACUUUUAGACUUAAUUGAAAAUGUAGACUUCAGGCAACAAGCAGAAAUAUGUUCAAGUACAUUAUAUUCUCUAUUUAUAUUAUAUAUGGAAUUAAGAACAGAAGGUCCAUGGAAUACAGACAACACUAAAGCCCAGGAUUAUCCAACAAAAUUAAACUGUGCAUUUGAAAACAAGUAUAAUUUAAAAUUUGAAGAUAUUCUGCUAAAAGAUGACUUUUACAAAUCACAAGAAGUCUUUGAUAAAUGCAUUAAGGAAUUGCACCAGAAGAUGACAUUGGAUGACUUCAAGAAGUACCCUGGUCUUAUUGAGGUCUACUAUUUGAUAAUCAGCAAUGUUGAGAAAUACAAUGUUACAUUGAACCCGGUGACAGUAAUGCCUGUAGCUUUGCUCCUGGUAGACGAUUACAUCACUUCUAAUAAACUGAAGGGAUUGCAAUGUUGUUUAUUGAUUCUGGAGUGUUUGAAACCAAAUUGUUUCUCAACGGGAAAUUACUAUGAAGUUAUAUACAUGAGUUUCAAAAAGAACAUGCAUGAGAAAGAUAUUGAUGUGACAAAGGCUCUGUUUAAAUGUUACCCAUGUUUCUUGCCCAAACUCCCAUUAGAAGUGAAGAAAGCAAAGUUGGAUGAUGUAUAUUCAGGAAUCCUUGAUCAAUUGAAUAUUGAAACCAACUUACAUAGAAAAGUUAUUUGCUUCUACUUCACAACCAAAAUGAUUGAAAUGCACCAAAUACAUUGUGCCAAGAAGAGGAUUUAUAAGGAUAUCAUCCAUGACAGCUUAGACAUGUGUACUACUAAUGUAGCUGUUUAUGAUAUACUAUUUAUACCUGCGUUUGAGUGCCUGCUAGCUUGGAUAAGAAAUUGCUGGUGCACCUGGAACUUAGUAUCAGACCAGAAAAUAUUGGCUGUGUUGCUGAAAGUUCUCUAUGUGACCAGAGAUGAAAAAACAAAGCUACAAAUCCAGACUUUGAUGAUAACACUAAUUAGUUUGUGCACUUUAGAAGAACAGCACAUAAUAUACAACAACCUGGACUCAACUCCUGUGUCAUUACAUCGAGAUAGAGAUAUCAUGUUGAGGAUCAAAAUACUAAAAGAAAGUAUGAGAAUUAAUUAAAACAUUAUUUUAUUCCAAAAAUAAAUUCCAAUAAAGUAGUAUGUCUUAGUAAAAUCUUAGGUCAUACUUGUGAUGGGCAGAGGAUAAAUGCUCAGACGAUAAAAAGGGGUAAACUCGAGUGUCUAUACUGAUCAAACCCCAAGCAGUCACUGGUGACCGCUCACCACUAAUUCCAUUAACUUGUCGAGUACCGGUUUUGUAGACACAAUUAUAGAACAAU